AGGGACUACAGAGAAAGAAAAAAAUAAUAAAAUAAAAAAUACGCGGAAGAGGGGUUUGGACAGAGAGCUGGAUUCGGAGGAAACCUGCGGAGAUCUCGGGGAGAUAAUGCCGAGCAGGAGCGCAGACGCGCGGCCACAGCACCAGACAUGAGUCCGAGGUGGCGGACUGAAGACAAUUUUGGAUGCCAUGGAAGUUCCAAGUCAUGCUAGGGAUCUCCUCCUGCAGCUCAACAGCCAGCGCACCAAGGGCUUCCUGUGUGAUGUGAUCAUUGUGGUGCAAAACGCCCUCUUCAGAGCUCACAAGAACAUUCUGGCUGCUAGUAGCCUCUACUUGAAGUCUUUGGUGGUCCAUGACAAUCUCAUCAACCUUGACCACGAGAUGGUGAGUCCAGGGGUCUUCAGGGUCAUUCUGGACUACAUCUAUACAGGGCGCCUUACUGAGGGAGACCCCACCUGUCCCAAUGAGCCCAAUCUAGGGGCCGUCUUGGCAGCAGCCAGCUACCUUCAGCUACUUGACUUAGUGGCUCUGUGCAAAAAGAAGUUGAGAAGAAAUGGAAAGUACACUCCGCGUCAAGGUCCUGCCUUUCUCCCCUAUACGAAAAUGGGACCCAGCAGUUUGGGUUUUGGGAGCGGUGGUAGAUAUAGGGUUUCUACUCCAGUAAUUCAGCCCUGUCCUCCUGGGGGAAUUUUGAAUGCACCCAGAGCACCAUCACUGGAGGAACUGGUUCCACAUCGACUAGCCAUUCAUACUGGGGAGUUGUAUGCUCCCACCUCCAACCACAGCUCCCAGGUGUUUCCCACCCUGCAAGCAGCUCUGCCUGCUCCACAUGGGCGCGCAGCCCACCCUGAGAGAAACUGCUCCCCCAGCUUUGGCCUUGAUCUUUCCAAGAAAAGCCCCACCUCCCAGUCUCAGCUCACAGCCUCUCAAAACCAUCUGGCAAACAGUCACAAUGAUGAGGAGCGAGAUGACACUCUGAGCGGCCGCACAAGUCCCAUGCAGGGUACAAAUGGGAGAGUCUUUUUAUCGGAAAAAAUGGAGUCUACCCAUCAGGCAAGCUCCCUCUCGCCUCCGCCUUUCCCACAUCUAAACCAGCCUUUAGGCCCCAACCUCCCUCAUCUGCAUCGCUCAAGCUCCCAGGGGACAGAGCGCUACGCAUGCCUACCCAGCCCUGACACCCCUACAGAAGGUGGAGAGGCAGGCAGAGAACACGGCACCAUCUACUGCUUGGUGAAACCUGAGCCAAUGCAAUACCCGGCUGAAGACGAGGAUGAGGAUGAGGAUGAAGAGGACGGAGGUGAAAAUGGAGAACAGCAUCAUAACCAUCACAAGCCAGGGGAGGAGAGCGAAGGAGGCGAUGACAAGAGUGGGUCAGGGACAGAGGAGACGGGCAGUAGUGAAGGCCGGCCGUCCCCUACUGGACCGAUGGGGAGGUUUCACAUGCCGUAUGAGCCAGAGAGCUUUGGAGACAAUCUGUAUGUCUGUAUUCCCUGUGACAAAGGCUUUCCAAGCUCGGAGCAGCUCAAUGCUCAUGUGGAGACACACACAGAGGAGGAGCUGUAUGGCAACUCUGGAGGGGAGAUGGGAAACUGCAAUAACAGCAGCACCAAAAACAUGAGCAGCAUUACAAAUGGUUAUGGCAGCCUCGGCAGCAGCGGCACUCUGAGCAGUCUGUCUCAUCUGGAGAACAAGUCCAACCAGGGCCUGAAUUCAGGCAUUGCAGAGAUGAUUCGACCAUACCGCUGUUCCAACUGUGAAAAGUCCUACAAAGAUCCAGCCACUUUGCGGCAGCAUGAGAAAACCCACUGGCUAACGCGGCCUUACCCUUGCAGUAUAUGCGGCAAGAAGUUCACACAGCGUGGUACCAUGACGCGCCAUAUGCGCAGCCACCUUGGCCUUAAACCUUUUGCCUGUGACUCCUGUGGCAUGCGCUUCACACGUCAGUACCGUCUCACUGAACACAUGCGAAUCCACUCUGGGGAAAAACCCUAUGAAUGUCAGGUGUGUGGGGGAAAGUUCGCCCAGCAGCGCAAUCUCAUCAGCCACAUGAAGAUGCACAGCAGCGGAGGGAGUGCCGGCAGCCUGACGACAGAUGGGAAACUGAAGCUGGACUUUUCAGAGGGCAUCUAUCCCCUGAGUAAAUAUGCAGCAGAGCACCUGGGGCUCAAGCAGGAGAAGGCCAAUGAGCUUCUCAUUCAAGCACAGCAGCAACUGGUGGCAGAUUCCAAGGCCCUCGAGAGCCUGUACCCUCUCUCCAAACUGGCCUCCGAGCACCUGGGUCUCACCCAUGACAAGAUGGAUGUCCUGGGCCAACCACUGCCCCCUCCAUCACAGGUCCUCUCUGAGGGCCGCAUCAUUGACCGCUACUCACCCAGCUAAGACAUACAUGUAAAAAUACCAAUCACCGUUGGGUCUGUGUGCACACACCAUUUGCAGUAUUUUAAAGCCAUUCACCUCAACUCAGUAUCUGCACGUCAGACUCAGGCCAAGUGGAACUGGUCUGCUAAUGCACACCAAAAUGUGUAGACUGUAAGUGCCUUUCUAUACAUCUAAUGUAUCUAAUGUCCUCCUUCAUAAAGGAGCUUUGUUCUUUUACGUGACCAAGGGACACUCAUUUAAAGACGUACAGUGUUUAUGUACAGUUUAUGCAAAGACAGUUUUUUUUUUCUUUUUAAUUUCAACCAAUGAGCCAAAGUGACAAUUUGAGAACCAAAAUGAAAUUAUUUUAUUUAUUUUUGUAUUGUGAUGAAUUCCAAAGAAAACACGUUGCAAGGAAACUUUGCAUUUUGACCCUAAACCUGUGUACUAUUCAUCUUUGUACAAAAAAAGAAAAAAAGAAGAAGAAAAAGCACAUAAGGACAAUAUUCUGGGUUGCCCAGAUCUGAACUUUUACCAUAAGAAUAAGCCAACUCACCUGGAUUCCAAAGUAAUGGGAGUAUAGAAAUAUAUAUAUAUAUAUAUAUA